CUAUGAUGUACCUAGGUAGUGAUGGUAAAGAAGGAGGGGAGAGGAAGUUUAAAUAGAUGGCUUCCGCCUGUAAAACUAUAGGGUCUCUCUGGCAUCGAAGUAUCAUCCUACUCUUCAGCUUCACCUUCUUAUAUUUCUCAGACGCUUGCUGUUAGGCUUUGGUGAUUUAGGAUCAUACAACAGAGAAGAUGGGCUCAACUGCGUCUGGUUGGAGACCGCUGAGUGUGGGGAUCGUGGGCGGCGGGAUCGGGGGCCUGGCGGCUUCGAUUGCGCUGCGGCGGGCGGGCCAUGCAGUGGUCAUCUACGAGCGCCAUGAUUUUGCGGGGGAGGUGGGCGCGUCGAUCUCGUGUGCGGCGAAUGGAACCCGGUGGUUGCAUGAAUGGGGGGUCGAUAUCGCCAAGGGCGACCCCGUGGUGCUGCAGAAGUUGAUCAACCGGGAUUGGAAGACAGGGGAGCCGGUCAGUGUCUAUGAUCUGGACGACUACGAGCAGCGCUGGGGGUACGUCUACAAUAUGUUCCAUCGGCAGUAUAUGCAUGCCAUGUUGAAGGACUGCGCGCUGCAGGAGGAAGGGGCGGGCACGCCGGUCACACUGAAGGUGAACCAUAAGUGCCAGGAUAUUGACCUCGAGACGGGUGUGAUUACCUUCGACGGUGGUGAAACCGUGCGGCACGAUCUCAUCGUGGGUGCUGAUGGAAUCGGCUCGGCCGUGCGAGGCAUCAUUGGCCUUCAUCCCGAGAAGACUCCGGCGCCGUCGAGCUGCUUGCAUGCCAAUGUCCACACGGAAGAUGCGGUCCGCUUGGGGUUGGUCGACUAUUCCCAAGACAGUGCGUUGGAAUACUGGGGCGGCCAGGAAGGCAAGUGGGAUAAGAUCGUCCUCUCCCCUUGCAACGGCGGCAAGUUGCUGUCUUACUACUGCUUCUUUCCUCGCGAGAAGGGAGACUUCACGACGCACACAUGGGGCGGAGAGGAUCGUCCGGUCGAAGAGCUGCUCGCUCCUUACCCGGAAUUAGAUGAACAAGUCCGCUCUCAUCUGGCCAUCGGCAUCGAGAUUAGGCCCUGGCGCCUGUGGGUGCAUCAACCUUACCCGUAUAUCGCCAGCAAUAUGGUCUGCCUGCUGGGAGACGCAGGACAUCCAAUGAUGCCUCAUCAGAGCCAGGGCGCUUGCAUGGCCAUCGAAGACGCCGCAGCCCUCGGAAUCAUAUUCAGCAAGCCCUAUUUCUCCGGUGAUGUCGCAGCGGCGCUGUCAGUCUACCAGAAGGUGCGACUGCCUCGAGCCACCAAAGUCCAAGCCGCUUCAGCCAAGGCAGCAUACAACAUCAACGAGCGCAUCGGCUUCUCCAGCAAUACCAACAUGCCAAAGUACAAGGUCGAGGAUGAGCAGAAGAAGCUCACGAUUGAAGAAAUGAACGCAUACGACAUGUACAUGGACAUCGAGGAAGUCCUGUCCCAAGAGCUUGGGUCCUCGUUCGACAAGGAGUACAUCCGGGGGCUGCCUGUCGGAUUGAAGCUGUCGAACGGAGUGGUCAUCGGAGAAUAA